UCAAUUAUAUCCAAUUUCGAAAAAUGCCGCGCGAAAUUCAAGAGGGCGCUAGCGUCGCGCGAGCGCGCAUGCGUAAGCUCUCCCCGCCAUUAGUCCUUUCAGCGUCUGUUCUCAUCAGCCGAAGAAUGGCACCGAGGUACGAGUUGGCCGUAGGCCUGACCAAGGGGCACAAAACCACGAAAAUUCGUGUGGCUAAGAAUAAGGUCGAGAAGGAGAAGACCGUUGUCCUUCGACCGGCCCGUUUGAAGGGGCGUCAAACAAAGCACAGCAAAUUCGUCAGAGACCUGAUUCGUGAGGUGACCGGCCAUGCCCCGUACGAAAAGCGUGCUAUGGAGUUGCUGAAGGUCUCCAAGGACAAGCGAGCAUUGAAAUUCCUGAAGAGAAGGUUGGGCACGCACAUUCGCGCUAAGAGGAAGCGCGAGGAACUGGGUAAUAUUCUGGUCCAGAUGAGAAAGGCCGCCGCCCACCACUAAUCAUGGGUGGUUUGAUUAUUUGUAAGAACAUACAAAUUAAGGAAAAAAAAUAAAAUGGAUUACAAUCAUUCAUAAAA